AUGGCACAGAACUCCGACCCCAAAUCACCAGCUAUAGGUUCUGAUGCUGACUCCUCACCUGCAAUGCAUCCUUCUUCUUGGGCCAAACACACCGGCUUCCGCCCUAGGUUUUCCGGCGAGAGCAAUGCAAGCGACUCUGGUCAGUCUACCAGGCCCAAUAAUCCCUCUCCUCCUGCUUCGCUUGAUCUUGAAACUAGUCGUGUACGCCCAAUUCCGACCGUGAACGCCACGGCGCCAGCGCCACAGCCGGCUAAUACACAGGCGCAGCCGCAAUCGGAUAAUGAUCAGUCGGCAGCGAAAAGGAGAGAGGCGCAGGGUGGUUCUGCACCAUUACCGCCGAAGCGAGGUGCUAAUGGACACGCUAGAAUUGCUGCUGCGGCUGAGACGCCAACGUCGACGCCUCCUCAGCCGAGUCGGAGGGCAGCGAGGAAUGGGGACAUCGAAAGUACAUUGCCACAGGUUUUUGAUGAUUCUCGUCGUUCACAUAUGAAGUAUGAGCUUAGAGACACUCCUGGUCUUGUUCCAAUUGGGAUCUAUGGAAUCCAACACUAUCUUUCAAUGUUGGGUUCACUAGUUCUUGUUCCGCUUGUGAUUGUUCCAGCCAUGGGUGGCGACCAUGAGGAUAUGUCAAUGGUGGUUUCGACUGUGCUAUUUGUGUCAGGAAUCACGACACUUUUACAAGCUAACUUUGGAUCAAGAUUGCCCCUUAUACAAGGUCCAUCUUUUGUCUUUCUUGCUCCUGCACUUGCAAUCAUAAAAUCCCCUCAGUUCUUGGGUCUCAAUGAAAAUAGUUUCAAGCAUAUAAUGAAGGAGCUACAAGGAGCCAUUAUUAUUGCAUCAGCUUUUCAAGCAUUACUUGGAUACACUGGCCUCAUGACUCUACUCUUGAGGUCAACCACUUCACUUCAUCUUCAUCUUCACCUUUUCCAUAAACUUUUUCAUAAAAUUAAUAAAAAGACAAUUUUAACCUCAACCCUUUUCGGAUUGAUCAAUCCAGUGGUUGUUUCCCCAACUAUUGCAGCUGUUGGACUUUCUUUCUACACUUAUGGUUUCCCACACCUUGGUGAAUGUCUCGAAAUUGGCAUUUUACAGAUUUUAAUCGUUAUUAUAUUUUUUCUCUACCUUCGUAAGGUUUCUUUAUUCGGGCACCGUGUAUUCCUAAUAUACGCUGUACCAUUGGGAAUGGCUAUAACAUGGGGAAUCACAUACAUUCUGACAGAAACAGGGGCAUACAAAUAUAAAGAUUGUGAUGUCAAUAUAAUAUCUGAUCACUGCAAAAAACAUAUUUCCAGGAUGAAAAAUUGUCGGGCAGGGGCAAAUACGUCAAACGCAUUAAAAUCUUCACCAUGGUUUAGAUUCCCUUACCCUUUACAAUUUGGUACCCCUGUUUUCAACUGGAAACUGGCAAUUGUUAUGUCUGUGGUGUCCAUUAUUUCUUCAGUGGAUUCAGUUGGAUCGUAUCAUGCAUCGUCAUUGUUGGUGGCAUCUAAGCCACCUACACCGGGUGUUGUGAGCCGUGGGAUUUGUGUUGAGGGUAUUUCGGGCAUUUUGGCUGGUUUAUGGGGGACAGGAACAGGGUCAACUACUUUGACCGAAAAUGUGCAUACAAUUACUGUUACAAAAAUGGGUAGCAGAAGAACAGUUGAGUUAGGGGCGUGUGUUUUGAUCAUAUUAUCCCUCGUGGGUAAAGUAGGAGGGUUAAUAGCGUCAAUUCCACAAGUUAUGGUUGCCGGCUUGCUAUGCAUAAUGUGGGCCAUGCUUACAGCAUUGGGGUUAUCCAAUUUACGUUACAGUGAGUCCGGAAGCUCCCGGAACAUCAUAAUCAUCGGACUUUCUUUAUUUUUUUCCCUUUCUACCCCUGCCUAUUUUCACCAAUACAAUUCCAACUCACCCUUUCAGCCUUACAUUGUCGCCUCUCAUGCCCCAUUUCACACCCACUACAAAGGGCUAAAUUAUGUGAUGAGCGCAUUGUUGUCACUUCACAUGGUGAUAGCGUUCCUAGUAGCAAUGGUUUUGGACAAUACUGUCCCUGGAAGUAAGCAAGAACGAGGGGUAUACGAGUGGGCCCCACUAGAGGCUGUACGUGAGCCCGCUGUUGUUAAAGACUACGGGCUUCCAUUUAGAGUUGGGAAGAUUUUUAGAUGGGUUAGAUGGGUUGGGCUUUAG